AUGCUGUGUGUUCGACCGGACAUAUGCUACGCUGUUGGAUACCUAGGGCGCUUCCAAGUUCAACCUGAUGAGGCCCACUGGCAAGCCCUGAAGAGAGUGGUCCGUUACGUGAAGGGGACGAAGAACUUGAAGCUCCAGUACAAGCAAAACGACGACGCCGAGGCACUUGUUGGGUACGCAGACGCUGACUGGGCGUCGGAUGCUGAGGAUAGGAAAUCCGUUAGUGGCUUCGUCUUUAAGGUCUUUGGGAACACCGUGUCUUGGGCAAGCCGCAAGCAACAAACCGUUGCACUGUCGUCGUGUGAAGCCGAGUAUGCAGCUUUAAGUGCCGCGGCCUCCGAAGGGCUGUGGCUGCACGGAAUCCUUGAAGACCUGAAGCAAGUUCGACCGGACACGGCAUUCAAGGUGUACGAAGACAACCGUGGGUGCAUUGCAAUGGCCACAAACACCGAAAGCAAGCGUGUCAAGCACAUCUAUGUAAAGCACCAUUUUUUGCGCGACCAUGUGGCACAAGGAAGACUUCAAAUCGAAGCAAUUGAUACAGCAAACCAAAUAGCGGACACGUUCACCAAGCCCCUGGAACCUGGACGUUUCCGCGAACUGAGGACCCUCCUAGGACUGACCGAUUCAGGGGGGGUGUUGGAGUAA